GCUCGCUCACUGCGCGUCUGCAGCACAACAUAAAAGAAAACAAUGCACAGGAAGAGGACAGCUGGAGCUCUCCACACAGAGUGAUCAUGGCCGGUCGGUGGCGAGACGGUGCUCCCGUGUGUUCGGGAGAGCAGGACGGUGGCCUCAAACUGGCACGAAAGCUCCGCCAGCAACAAGAACCGGGCUCAGACACCGGGGACGCGACGGAGCCGCCGCGGGGACUGCCGCGAUGGAUGCGGCUUUACUUCUACGGGAUGCACGGCGUGACUCUGGAUGUCCUGCUGUCAUCCUUACAGGGGCUUUUGCACUCUCGGGACCCUAAGCUGAUGGGCUUUUCCUCUCCGUAUCUUUGCAUCAUGCAUUCGCUGACCCAUUUUGCGCUGGAAAAGAUCUACUCACAGAAGAGGUGCUUCCGAGGUCGGCCUGUGGUGUUUCAUCUUGUUUUCUACCCGUCCAUCUACAUCGGACUGCAGAUUCUGAUCGGGAACAUUAACACUUUGGCCGAGCAAGUGAGGGUGGUUUCUGGGACUCAGCUGGUAGUGCAUUACAUCCUGGCUCUCUACUUCUCUCAGGUGUUCCACAGAGAGCUGUCACAUCUACAGUAUCGCACAUCAUUCUCCGCCGACCCCCAGCUGGAGGGCAGACCUCCGCACGGUCUUCCCGGCUUUGCGCGCUUCUUAUUCUUCGGGAUGCACGGCUUUCUGGACGAGGUCCUUUUCACCUCUCUGUUCAACCUGGUGGAGAAGUCUGACAGGACCCUCAGCGGUCACACGUCCCUGUGGUCUUUCCUGAUGUACGGGAGCUGCAGCUUCGUGGUGGAGAAGCUCUACCUUUACCUGCACUUCAGCCUGGGCUGGGGGACCUGGCGACGACUCCCCAUCUACAUCUGCUUCAUCUACACGUGGGAAUUCUCGUGGGGUCUGGUCUUGAGGCAGUUUAACGCUUGCUCGUGGGAUUACUCCCACUAUCCUCACAACUUCAUGGGACUUAUCACCCUGCUCUACCUGCCCGGGUGGAUCUGCUUGAGUCUGUAUCAGGACGUGCUGUCCAAUGUCCUGCUGAGAAUCAAGUGCACCAAAGAUGUGCAUGAUUUAAGUGAAGAGAAUGGAGACGUCAAUGGACAACUGGAGCCAAAGAAAAAGCAACUUUAAUUCUAAUUUUGAUGGUUGCAAACUAAUAUUUAAGUGAGGAAGAAAUAAAACCUUCUAAUUUAAUAAGGGACAUCUAUUUAUUACCAGGCGAGUAAACAACAAAAAUCUGAGUCUAUGUUACACCUUCUAAAAAUGAACAUUUGUCCAUAUAUCAAAAUAUUGGUAGCACUUUAUAAUACAGUCCACGAUCAAGGGUGUAAUAGACUUAAAUGGAAAUAACAUGUAGACAAACUUGAAUAAGAAGGUAAUAAUUCAACUUUUUUUUUACAGGAAAGCAGAAAAAUGUUUUUAAGUACUGCAUUUGUAAUUUAAAUAGUGCACAACAUCUGGGUAUUUUACAUGAAAUGAGAUAUAAAUCAAUAAUUUUAAGUAGUGUAUUGUUUCCAUGUAUUUUAGUGAACAAAAAAAGAUCCGAAUUUUAUACUAUAAUUAUGCUCUACUUUUUAUAUUUAUAUUGUGAAUUGCAUUGGUGUGCAUCAGAGUAUAAGUGGGCGGAUCGAUCCAAAUACUGAUAGACAUAGUAUUGGUAUUGGUGUUGGACUGAUACUAGUGUGAUAGGAUUGAUAUUUUGUUUCUAGGUUGGACUCCAAGAAAAAGUAAACACCAGCUCGAUUACUCUAUUGUUAAAAGAUCACAUGGGCCAACUGUGUGGCCUGCAGUAUUUGCAACUUUUAGUUUUUUCAUCUAAGUGGGAAAGGUACUCUUACUUUUAUAGCUAAUAUAAGUGACAAUUGAAUAUAAUCCAGAAAAAAAUGCAAAAAGUACAGCAUAGUUACAGUACAGGAUGGUUAAACUCAGAGAAAAAUAAAAUACCUGGACAUAACAGACUACUUAAAAUUAUAAUUAUUUCUUCUUUCCUGUAAAAACUUGACUUAUUAGCUCUAAUUCUAGUUUAUCUACUGCUAAGUACUUAUGGGUAAAUAAUAGGUUAAGGAAGUGGUGCAUUAUUUAAAAUUACUUGUAUUAUCAUUUGUGCAUGUACCACUAUCAUUAUGCAGUACCUAAAAUUAUAUACAGUAUAAUAAUUUGUUCUUCCCUGUAAAAACUUGGAUUAUUACCCCUAAUUCUAAUGGGUCUACUGCUAAUUAUUUCUAGAUUAAUAUAAUAACAUUGUCAUUUCAGAUAAAAUACAUGGGCAUACCAUUUCAAAUUCUAGAGUUAUUGAUCUCUUAGCUGGGGUCUGUAUUAUAAAAUACUAUCAAUUUUUUAAUAUGUUUAAUUUUCUUCAGGCAGGUGAAGAUGGGUGUGUUAAACAAGAUUUUCUGUGGAGGUAAUAACUUCUGGAAGUUACGAGUCGAGGUUUCGCAAGGCUGUGGACCCUUGUUACCUGUCCUUUUAUUCUGCUCUGCCUGAUAUUUUACGGUACAGCAAGGAAUUCAAAACUUUGGACCCCAACUGUGUAAAUUCAGUUACUGCCGUUUUUAUCCAUUUAAUGAAAAAUACAGUUGUAACAUGAACAAAUUUUACAUGUCCUCAUGACUUUGAAAGUGUGAAGAUUCAGUUUUGUAUGGAUUGCAGUGACUGAUUUCCUGUUCUUCACAUAUGGCCGAUGUGUUUUGGAUUUGAUCGCUUACGUUAUUCACAUAUACAUCAGCAUGCUUUAAGUGUCCUAUCUGCAUGCUAAAAUACCAGUAAAGCUUUCUUUUAUUCACUAAAUCACAUGUAUCGUCAACUAAUAUUCCAAAGUCAGUAUUUUUAAGAUAGAGUCAUCUGUUAAUUGCGCACCUUUUUAUUCUAUUCCUUAACAUUUCAAAACAAACUGCUUCCACUCAGCUUGUUAACAUGAUCACAGAGCAACGCAUGGCAAUUCUUAGAGUAGAUAUAAACCCAGUGAUAUAUGUAGCAAAGGAAUCCGUAGCUAAAUGAUUAUGAGGAGACAAGAUGUUGCAGUUUCUUUUUCAUGACCCAAACACUGAUUUGCUCGAGUGCCUUCCUGUGCAAACUGAGUCCAAGCGACACAAACAAAACUCAGCUUUUUAUCUGCAAGUGCUACAAUUGUGGGUCGCAGGUAGUGCCUGACUGAAAAUGGAUUUUGGGGGCCAAAAUAUGUGACUUAGUGAUAUAUGGGUUAAUAUAAUAUUGAUAUAAUAUAGGCCAUACUGGUUCACCAACAUACUGUAGCAGUCAGUCACCUAUAUGUAUCAUCUGUAUCAUCUAUAUUAUCUAGAUAUUAACCUCCUAUGCUGCCUCAUUAGAAGUAAUAUGCUUCAAUGAACUGCAAAGAAAUGAUUCUGCUCUAUGAACUUAAAAUAUUUUGAACAACAUUAAAAUAUUAGAAUCAGUCACUGUGGACUUAGAAUUAGAAACAUGAUGAUCUUCUCUGGGACUGAUCUGUUUAGGGGACAAAUUACUUUUUGUCUAUACAAAUUUAGAAGCAUACUUUGCACAGAUGCUUUAUUUUAUUAUUUAGUUUAUUAACAAAGAUUCAUAUUAUUAUUAUUAUUUUUUAGUUUCAAAACCCUGUGAAAUUCUAUUGAUAUAAUUAGCACUGAGAGCUGAACUGAACCCUACUCAGCCUAAUACUUUGGCUACUGUUUUUUUUUUCUUGUUUAACCUGGCAGCUACACUGGUGUUCUUAAACAUUUACACUCUGUCCCACAUGAAUAACUUUGUACAACUUACAGUUUUUUUCCAUGACAGAAUAACUGUAUUUUAAUCAGACUUAACUUUCAUGUUUGGUUGUGCACUUUUUAAACAUUUAAAAAAAAUGACCAAACUACUUUUAGAAAAGGUAUAAAAAAAGAGUUUGAAAGAAAUUGCACAAUAAUUAAAAAAGAUCUCUAACUUGCAAUGGCAUGUACUGUAUGACUUAGAAUUUUAAAUAAAAAUACAAUUUUC